AUGACUAUGGUUCGGCAGUAUCCCCCGCAGCCUUCGUCGUCGCAGCUUCCCUCCGAGCUGGCCUACUCCGGCAACAACGCCAGCAGCACAAACAACAUCGCCCCCGCACCUUCCCAUGCAAACCCCCUUCACAAUGCCGCCACAUUCGAGGCGCGUACCAUCGCCCAGUACCCCAUCCCCCAGCAGUACGCCCAUCCGCUCUCGAGACACAACUCGUAUGGCGCACAGCCGUCCGAUUCUGGCCACGCUUCCAAACCCGCAGAGCACAUGCUUCGCCGAAAGACACCCAACGGAAUCCUCGCCGCUGCCUAUGACGGCACUUCCGUUGAGAAGAAUGGAGAGCCACAUGCCACCAAGCACAUUCUGCUACCCGUGACCGCCGAAUCAAACAUACCGUAUGGCAUGAAGCAGGACCUUCCCCUCCGGUCGCCAGGUGUCCACAAUGGCCAAGGACGGAAUCCGCACGACGUGUCGGAAUGGAGUGUUAGCCGCUAUUUCGAGACUGGAUCGGGACUCACUGGCCAACAUUUACCUCAAAUCGACUCCAUGCUCAACCAGAUACCGCCAUUGCAACCUCUCUUACCUUACCAGAUGUACGGCUCUCAGUUCUGUGGUCCCAUGGGACCGCCAUUCCAGACCCCCUUGAAUCCGACCGUCUCCAAUGACCAAGGCCCGUUUGGUCCCUAUUGGCACGAUGGGACGUACAUCCCGUACCGGCCUGCUGCUAUGCGGGAUCCUCGCUUUAUGCAUCAUCAUCCUCAUCACCACAGCCAAAACUGGAGUCACCCGCAUAGCAAUGCCUUCAUCCCCCACCCGUACAACAAUGUUAUGCCCAACUUUUCCCAUCACCAACAAAACUCUCUCCAUUUGGACUACGCGCAGGGCGCAUAUGGCCAUCAACUAAGGCCACCAUUAGAAUUCUCACCAUAUGGACAGCCACAGGCGCAUGUCGCUUUGGACUACCAGAACCAGUCAUUACCGCCACCUCUCACACAGCGUCCCCAGGACUACCUACACUCUGGCCAAACGACACCAGUCGCUGAUAUGCCACCGCCACACAUGGUACCCAAUGGCCUGGGCAUGGAGCCUCCACGACCUCUACGACGAAUGUCGGGGUCUGUUGCCAGCGCCCACCAGACUCUUCGCCAGGGUAUACCCCCAAGCUUGACAGCUGCAACUGCACUAGAGUCGAUUACCAAACACUGUGAAGAAAGCAAAUGGAGUUGGAUAGACGGUAUUCUGUUGGGCGGUUGCCUCGCAUAUGCGCUGGGUGAUUACCAAAAAGCCCAGGACUGGUACAAACACAUCCUUACAUUGGACAAAGAUCAUGUCGAGGCGAUUUCAAAUCUCGCAGCUACUAUGUUAGCUCUCCAGCAAAAGCGUGAAGCUGAGAAUUACUGGAGACGCGCAGUCAAGCUUCGCCCCAGCUAUUUCGAGGCCGUCGAGCACCUGAUCGGCUUACUUUGCAGUGACCAAAAGUCCCGCGAGGCUGUUCAAGUCAUCGAAGAGGUCGAACGCCAGUUGAAAUUCGUCAAGCGGGCAGAUGCCAUGCGCAGCCUCGAAAUUGAAAGCGAACGUUCAAAUUCUGAUCUCAGCGAAUCGAGCGUGUCGGAGGCAUCUGAUCGGCCUGUUUUUGAGUUCGAAGGAGACGACGAGGCUGUUUUCAAGGACCUGGACGAACUCCCCGGAUCAGACCAACCGGGUUUCGGUUCAAGCGGCUAUGCAAUUGCCGGCUGUGACAACGGUCGCGUUCUUGCCUUGGUACACGCCAAAGGCAACAUGCUCUACGCUCUUGGCGACAACGCUGGUGCUGCCAAAGCUUUCGAAAAUGCCGUUCUUAUCGGUGCUGGACCGCAUCCGAAUGGUAUCGACGGCCUCAUCAAGCGCAUUCUCGCUGUUGUUGGGUAUGAUAUUUCAGAGCGUUCGCCAGGUGGCCGUCGUAUGCCGCCGUCCUCAGAUCCCAUCUUGUUACCACCGGAAGCGGCUACUAGGACAGCUCACCUUUGCUUCCCAGCACAUGGUCAACUCCCUGGUCUCAAACACGUCCCCGGUGAGGGUCUCUCUAGAAAAGCAGCCAUAUCAACCACGAGCAACUCUUUACUAUCUCUGGCGAAGAUUUUCCAGGAUGGUAUGGCGACUAACUCUCCCAAAGCCACAGUCUAUCAAAGCAACUAUGGAGUACGGGAGAUCUUGGCUCUUUACUACUUGUCUCUAUCACUACAGCCUAGCCCGUCAACAGCCAACAACGUAGGCAUUCUACUCGCCAGUGUACAUCAGUCUGCACCUGCGAAAGCGAUUCCUAUGUCACAUGCCUUUGCACAACAUCUAGUGCCUGGCCUAGUGCCAGGCAGCGGGGUGCAUCUGGCGCUUGCUUACUACCACUACGGACUUCGGUUGGACCACUCCCACGCACAUCUCUACACUAAUCUCGGCAGUCUGCUCAAAGACAUUGGUCACCUAGACAAUGCCAUUGAAAUGUACGAAAAAGCAGUAAAAUGCGACCAAAGUUUCGACAUUGCUCUUGCCAACCUUGCCAAUGCCGUCAAAGACAAAGGUCGCAUCGCCGAUGCCAUCUUCUACUACAGGAAAGCUGUCAAGUCCAGCCCAGACUUUGCAGAGGCAGUCUGUGGAUUGGCUAAUGCGCUUAACUCUGUUUGUAGCUGGGCUGGUAGAGGUGGUAUUGCCGAGGACAGUGGCUCAAGAGAUCGCUGGCACGUCAACGAGAGUGGUAUGCUCCUGGAUGCCAAAAUUCCCGGUGCAUCCAGCUCCGGAUGGAUUCACAAAGUCGUCAAGUUGGUCGAGAAACAGCUUGGGGAUGGCGAGGAAUGGGGUCGAGGUAUUAUGGACGACUAUUUCAUCCAAGACAUCAUCCGGCCUUUUGCACUUGUUGGGGGAAGUCUGCAAGAUGUAAAAGCAAAGGAAAACAGCAUGAAGUCGGUCCUGCUGACUUGGAAGGGCCAAAAAUGGGAAGGUGCUCGCAUCGUACGCCUUGUGGAGCGCGCCAUCGGGUGGAUGACCUGGCAAUGGUAUCAGGACCGCUAUGUUCUUGGAAAGCAACGACCAGCGGCAUCAUACCGGAGACCACAACUACCGGCAGCCUUGACAGUACCCGCGGCACCUACAGUGCUCCCUUUCCACACCUUUACUUGUCCCAUGUCAGCUAAACAGAUCCGUCUCAUCUCACAACGCAAUGGCCUGCGCAUCUCAUGCUCGACGCUUAGGGUUCCUUGGCUACCGCAGACUGUCUAUGAGCCUCCCGCACCACCAAGGCCGUACCUGAAGGUUGGCUACGUAUCCUCGGAUUUCAACAACCAUCCUUUAGCACAUCUAAUGCAAUCUGUCUUUGGACUUCACAACCCAGCCCGUGUCAAGGCUUACUGCUACGCGACAACACCGAGCGACCAUUCGGAGCAUCGAAAACAGAUCGAACGAGAGUCGCCAGUCUUCUACGAUGCCAGCAGUUGGUCAGCGGAACGGCUUGUCCACCAGAUCGUUCGCGACGGUAUUCACAUCCUUGUGAACCUCAAUGGCUACACAAGAGGAGCACGGAACGAGGUGUUUGCCGCCCGCGCUGCUCCCGUUCAGAUGGCCUUUAUGGGGUUCGCAGGUACCCUCGGCGCUGGAUGGUGUGACUAUCUUCUCGCCGACGAUACCGCGGUACCUCCAGACACCCUCCGACAGUGGCGCCGUAACAUUGAUCUCGAAGACGCUCUUGUCGACGAUAAUAGUGGUGGUGAAGACGACAAAUGGAUCUACGGAGAGAAUAUCGUUUUCUGUCGGGAUACCUUCUUCUGUUGUGACCACCGACAGAGUGCUCCAGAUUCGCAGGGUCGGCAGCCCAACUGGGAAGAAGAGCAACAUCGGAGGUGGGCCAUGCGUAAAGAGAUCUUCCCCAAUCUUUCCGAUAAUGCGAUCAUUCUUGCCAACUUCAACCAGCUGUACAAGAUCGAACCCACCACCUUCCGUACUUGGUUGCGCAUUCUAGAAAAGAUCCCCAACGCAGUUCUUUGGCUGCUGCGAUUCCCCGAUCUUGGCGAGACCAACCUCAAGCAAACAGCCCACUUAUGGGCCGGUCCUGAGGUAGCGAGUCGCAUCAUGUUCACUGAUGUCGCGCAGAAGCAUCAGCAUAUCUCCCGCGCACGUGUUUGUGAUCUCUUCCUCGACACGCCGGAGUGCAAUGCACACACAACAGCCGCUGAUGUGCUCUGGUCUGGAACACCACUACUGACGUUACCACGUUACAAGUACAAGAUGUGUUCUCGCAUGGCAGCUUCCAUACUCAAAGGUGCGCUGCCAAAAACACCAGCGGGCGCGCAAGCCGCAAAAGAACUCAUUGCCAGCAACGAUAACGAAUACGAAGAAAUGGCUGUUCGCUUGGCUCGCAACUGUAUCUACAACGGUCACCGUGCGAGUGGCCGACUUAGCGAACUCCGACGAAUGCUAUACGAAUCACGCUGGUCGAGUCCUCUCUUUGACACUAGACGAUGGGUCAGAGACCUAGAGGACGCAUACGAAAUAGCAUGGAAGAAGUGGGAGAAAGGAGAAGGGGGCGACAUCUGGCUGAAGCACCAGGCACCUUUGCCGGCAUAG